GGUAAAGUAUUUUAAAAUGUAAUGUCAAAAUCCGCCUGCCCGCUCGUGAGAGAGUUUGCUUCUGCUGACAACAAUAGUAACACGGUAGUCGAUGCUGCAGCCCGUUUUUCCAGGGUAAAUAUUGAAAUUUAGAAAAUCUUUUGCGAGGCGGAUGAGCUCGAGCCAUGGCAACAGAAAAUCUUGCUCCAAUCUACCCACCCAACUUCGAGGCUGAAACCCUGUUGAUCAUGUCUCCGGCGGAUGAGCACCCUUCUUCUCCUUCUCCUGCAGGGUCUUUCUCGGAGUUUAUGACUGGUUUAUUACAGUCUUUGCUCUCCAACGAGAACCAGCUGGGCUGUCCUUUUACUCGUGAAUUUUGUGUUGCUCUUUUGCGCACUGACGAUGUCGGAUAUGGAAAUGAAGUCCAGGAAACGAGGAACCUUUUUCAGAAAAAGGAGUUCCAAAGUAUCCUUUAUACAAAUACAUAGGACGUGGUCUUUCUGAGUGGAUAUCCACUGGUAAGUUCUCCAGAACGAUGGAACCAAUGGAAGGUAUAUCAGAGGAUGAAGGCACAUCUGCAAAAAUCGAAGGCUGGACUAAGAAGGUGGUGGAAAUUGGAGUUCAUUUGAAGGAGCUUAGUCAAAAAGUGAGGUUUCGAAUGCACUGUCAAGAACCAUAUUUUUCUCAGCUGAUAGAUGGGAUGAAAACUGUAGAGGGAAGAUGUGCAAGCGGUGAAUAUAGCAAGAUUCAGGUUGGAGAUUUUUUACUCGUCAACCAAUCACUUCUUCUAAUUGUGAAGGAUGUCAAAAGGUACUCUACCUUCGAGGAAAUGUUGGAAAUAGAGGGAUUAAGUUCUGUGCUGCCAGAAGUUACAACUAUCAAGGAAGGUGUGCAAGUGUACCGUAAAUUUUACUCAGAAGCAAGAGAAAAGGAAGCUGGAGUUGUGGGUAUUCAUGUCCAGCAUCGCGUGAAUCCAAGACAACCUUUUGAGUUACUCUAUGAUAUUCUGAAGGAGCUACAUGUAGAAGGUAUAAGGGCCUUGUUAGGGAUGCGUUCAACUAUGGGCUCAAUUACCGACACCCUUCCUCCUCCGACUUCAAUGCUUCUGUCAGCGUUCUCAAUAGUAAAUAACGAAACUGUGCCAGGCAGUAAACUGACUGUGGGAGCAAGGGCUUUGUCCAAACACGUCCACCGAUGUAGUAAUGGAUGGUGGGGGAUGUUUACAGGAAGCGAGCCUGCUAAGAAUGAACUUUCAUUCCUAAAACUUCAAAAUAUGAUUGAGGAUGCCAUAUGGAUGAACGUGCAUGUCGUUCCGGUUCCUGUUUUCGAAAUUCGGGUAAGAGGCGGAUACGGAGCCCGCUGGUCACUGGAUGGUAGUCAGUUUCGAGGCUUUCUGGAGCCUCCCAUGGAAGAAGGGUAUCUUCACAAGUGGAGACACUAGGCAUACUGGUCCUCAUAGUAGGCAGUCACAGCUAAGAUGAAAUCUUUCGACCGUUGGGUUGUCUUGCUGUGUCUCUUGAUACGCCCCUCGGGUACUCAUGGACGAUAAGUUCAAUUUCGGUCAUACAUAAUGGGAACGGCAGGUGAAAGUUGGACAUUUGAAGCAAGAACAUAUAAUCAGCUCAGGUAGAAUGUGGAAGUUCUUACUGGAAUAGGUUUUUUGGACUGGCUUCAUAACAUGCUGCUCAUAGUAGAGUUAGAGAAGCUUGUGUUUUGCUGGAGCCUUUAUUAGUUUAAGCAUCCAAACCACCAAUUAAUGUUCUUGGCUCACUCUUCUCGAAAUGCAUCAAUGGGCUUAUUUGAGUCGUACAAAUGUACAUCUGCAUGGAAACAGGCAUAGAGUGAAGUCCACUCAUCAUUGUGAGCACGGGGCUCUGGCCGCAGAGAAUACAGGCUUCCAUGGACUUUUCCUUCUUGAAACCUCAUCAAAUGAAAAUUCUGCUAUGUUUUUGUUUUUGCCAUAACCAGAAACUACGAAACAUCUUCAACAUCAAUGACGAAGAAGCUAUUGCAAAGCCCAGCAUUCAAUGCACCUUCAGGAAACUUUAUCGAUUUUAUGAGCGGGAACUACAACAGACUGAACUGCUUUCUACAAGGCAAUAAAUGGGGGACUCUUGGUGUCAUGCUGGUACUGGAGAUGCUUUAGUACCUGUUAUAGAAACCGUCAUCUGUACUCCGACUUGUCGAUAAGCCUUUGAAAGGAUGACAUGUAUCCAGACUUCGCACGUUUCCAUCAUAUUAUCGAAAUGAGAAACGCACGUAUCGAUCAGAUAUUGGACAACACCAUUUACUCGAGUACUCCGUCUGAUACCGAGAACUCGGUUAACUUGAUGUUUUCCGUUCAACGAGAAUCCAUUUCACCAUGUACAUCGUGACUAAGAAUCAGGUGAAUUUGUGUGCCAAGAGUGACCAGCUCAUGAAUCAGCAAGGAGAUGUCCUCACUGUAAGACGGAAGCAGUGACUCUAACUUAGGUUGAGUGAGUCAUGGACAACUGCAAUGAGUUGAUUUACUCUCAUGGAAUCAUACAGUUUAAUCGAAAAGUCGUUGGAGGUUAGACUUCGCCACUUUUUAACG